GAGAGGACGCGCUGAUUGGCUGCUGUGCCUGUCAAUCGCAGUGUCCUUCCCGCCUACUUCCGCUCUAUUUGGACACAGUUCACUCUUCGAUUGUUUAUCUAUUUUGAGCAAUAAUUUGACCUUUAUUCACAGGUGGCUGUGGCCAGCUGUGAUGCUUGGAGCUGCAGAAACAGGCCGAUGGAAACAUGAGUUCUGAGUGAGUGAUUUACUGUCUCAGGAUGAACAGCGAAGAGGAGUUUUACGAUGCUGAGACAGGGCUGGAGUCCGAUGAUUCCUGUGAGGUCAGUUUUAAAGACGCCCUGGUGUUCGACAACAAGCAGGUGACGGACGGCGACGGCAAACAGGAGAAUGGAGUUUGGGAGCGCAGGAAAACCCUGCCUGCAGAGAUGAUCUCCAGGAACAACUUCAGUGUGUGGAGCAUACUGAAGAAGUGCAUCGGCAUGGAGCUUUCCAAAAUCGCGAUGCCAGUGGUGUUUAACGAGCCGCUGAGUUUCCUGCAGAGAAUCUCAGAGUACAUGGAGCACACGCAGCUCAUCCACCAGGCCUGCAGCCUCUCGGACUCUAUAGACCGCAUGCAGGUGGUUGCUGCGUUUGCUGUGUCGGCGGUAGCAUCUCAAUGGGAGCGGACUGGAAAACCAUUUAAUCCUUUACUGGGGGAGACGUAUGAGCUCAUCAGGGAGGAAGAGGGCUACAGGUUGAUCUCAGAGCAGGUGAGCCAUCACCCCCCCGUCAGUGCCUUCCACGCUCAGUCUCUGAAGCAGGAGUUCGAGUUUCACGGCUCCAUCUACCCCAAACUCAAGUUCUGGGGCAAAAGUGUGGAGGCCGAGCCCAAAGGCACCAUGACCCUGGAGCUGCUCAAACAUAAAGAGGCGUACACGUGGACGAACCCGAUGUGCUGCGUGCACAACAUCAUCCUGGGGAAACUCUGGAUCGAGCAGUAUGGAACCGUGGAGAUAAUCAACCACAGCACGGGAGAUAAGUGUGUGUUGAACUUCAAACCGGUCGGCAUGUUCGGGAAGGAGCUGCACAGAGUGGAGGGUCACAUCCUGGACAAAAGUAAGAAGAAGAGGCGGGUGUUGUACGGGAAGUGGACAGAGUGCAUGUACAGCAUCGACCCCAAGGUGUACGACUCUCACAAAAAGUCUGAGAAGAAGACGGCGGCCGAGUCGAAGAAGCUGAAACAGGGACGUAGUUGUGAAGCCGAGGAGGCUGACGAGAUGCCGGACGUCCAAGAAACUGUGACUGUGAUUCCAGGAAGUGCCUUACUGUGGAGGAUAUCACCGCGGCCUGCUGACUCUGAGAAGAUGUAUAACUUCACGAGCUUCGCCAUGACUCUGAACGAGCUGGAGCCCGGAGCCGAGGCACUGCUGCCGCCGACCGACUGCCGGCUGAGACCUGACAUCAAAGCCAUGGAGAAUGGAGACAUGGACUUAUCGAGUUCAGAGAAAGAGCGGCUCGAGGAGAAACAGAGGGCGUCGCGCAGAGAUCGCUCCAUGGAGGAAGAGGAGUGGUGCACCAGGUGGUUCACGCUGGGGACCAACCCCCACACCGGGGCGGAGGACUGGCUCUACUCAGGUGGAUACUUUGACAGAAACUACUCUGACUCGCCCAACAUUUAUUGACACACACCCUCCUCACCUCCGAUAGGAUCCACUCUCUCUCUCUGCAGCAUCGCAGAUCUAGUGUGUGUGUGUGUGUGUGUGUGUGUGUGUGUGUGUGUGUGUGUGUGUGUGUGUGUGUGUGUGUGUGUGUGUGUGUGUGUGUGUGUGUGUGUGUGUGUGUGUGUGUGUGUGUGUGUGUGUGUGUGUGUGUGUGUGUGUGUGUGUGUGUGUGUGUGUGUGUGUGUGGCAUCCAGACGCUCAUGGUUCUGUGUGUCAAAGCUUCCGACAGGAGGAGCGUUGUAUACUUCAUUUACUUACUAUCUUUAAUAAUGAUAAUGGUAGUCCACAUGUGUGUCCCUCACAAACGAGGGGUUUUUAAACAGUCACCUGUAUGUGAGCGUGUGUGUGAGCAUGUGUGUGAGCGUGUGUGUGUCAGUGAGUGUGUGAGUGAGUGUGUGUGGUGACCAUGCUGCUGCAGAACACAAAGCUCUGACUCUAAAUAAUUCAGUUUUUUAGUUCAGGUUCGUCUUUCUUUCCACACAGUUUUUCGUCUGUUUGCAUUCAGGGGUAAUUUAUAAACAACAUCUGCUUCUACUUUUAUAAAUCUAUAGAUUUGAAUAUUAGAUGUGUGUGUUUUAGUUCACAUCACACUUCCUGUGAAUAGAGAUAGAGAUGAAAGCUGCUCAUAACGACAACAAUAAUAACCGCAGUAAACAGACUGUUGGGACGUUACUCUCUCCACUGUUACAUAGGUGUAUAAUAAUAAUGAGAAUGAUAUUUGGUGCGUGCAUGAUCACCAAGAGGACUUUUCAAGCCAUAUUUUCUGCACUAAAUAUAAAACUCUAAACAUUUUGUGGUUUUCUAACACUAUAGGAAAUGUGGACGCGAUAUUCUGAGCCAUACAGUCUAAAUAAUAAUGGAUAUAUUAACCUAUUAAAGCAUUUUAUAACUCCUCUUAUUAUUCUUUGUCUAUCUCAAACACACUAGCUGCCAGAGAGUCAGUGAGGGUGUUUUACUGACCCAAAUUCACCGUAAGCACCUCCUGUAAAAUCUGCAGAUAUGCUUCACUGAACGACUUUUAUACUCCAGGAAAGUGAAAGACAUGAUGAUUCUCAGGCAUUAUAAGAAGCGUCUCUUACUGUAAGGGUCAUUUAUUGAGGAGAUAAAGAUACCCCGGGAAGCUAAAACUAUAUAUAUUCUGUUUGAUUUUUGAGGGAUUUUGAGACCCAAUGCUGAUGCAGUUUGAAAACCUCUUAUUCAACCCUUUUGUGCCCGAAUGUUCAAGGAAGUAUGACCAUUAAAAAAGCCAAACCCACCGUUUAAAGGCUUUGAAUCUGGGAUGGAAAAACCUAGGGCAAAUAUCUAACCGUCAGACUUUUACACUUUUACAUUACGGGUAAAACCAAUAACACCAGGAAGGGAAAAUGCUACGAUUCUUUUUUAUGGUGGUACAAUAUUCUGUACAAGUAAGAAAUAUGGAAAAGGUUCCACGUGAAUUUUUAGAUCUGAUCAAAAUUGAUUUUAAAGUCAGAAUUCUGAGACGUUUUUUGUUUAUUUUUGAAAAUUGAUUUAGAUUUCUUUCCUCCUUUAAGGAACAUUUUGGGCACAAAUGUGUUAAAGACAGAUCUGUUUUUUCUGACUAUUGAUUAUAUGAUACUUGUUUUCCCAGUUAGUGAUUUAACUCAUUUCUCAUCGAUCCAAAAAUCAACAAAACCCAGGACUCUAAACUAUGCAACUGAUCCGUCCACUAAAACAGCAGAGGGAAGAAAUUAAAGCCAGCCUGGUGAUCCAUUUUUAAGUCUGAUCUAAAGUGUGUUCAUGACUUUUAGAACAGGUUGGAAGAAAUCCGGGUUCAUUUGAAUGAAUUAGAUUUCUUUAACAUUAUUUUCUCUUUUUUAAUCUUUGAAAACAAAGUCUUUCUUGGUCAUUUCUGUUAGUUUUAUAUGGGAACACAGAGGAACACCGAGGAGUUUUCUAAGCUCCUUAAAGCAUUUUCAUCUGUGAAAAUUAAAAACAGAAAGCCGUUAAACUAUGAUUUUUAAUUUCAUUUUGUCAAACCUGACUCGUGAUUAUUAUUAUUUCUGUACAUUUCUGUUUCAGGUCAUUACAAUAUUAAAACACUUUUUGGGUAAAAAGUUAAACUACGGUAAUUUCUCCAUUUUCUAAAAACGGGAGUAAAAAAGCAGUUUUUCAGUGAUUUAUUUUUGAAUUCUAAUUGUAAUUCUAAUUUGGCCGUCUGAAGAAGAGGUUCGCCGCUAAAAGACGCAGAUUUUCUUCAAUUAAAAUAGAUUUAUUGAUAAAAGAAAGACCUAACGAGUGGUGAUGCACCUCAGCCUGUUUCAGCUUCAUAAAGACAGGAGAGCAACGUCUGGAUCAGAUUUACAACAUGGAUCAACAGGUCUUCUGUACGCAGUCUGCCCUCCUAGUCUUUACCUUGUUUGUGCUGCAGACACAGAGGGACUGAAUGUCGUGCGCUGAUGGUAACACACUCGUUAGUCUCGUAUAAAUGUGUGUGUUAACGCACUAACGUUACAUUUACUGCACAUCUGAACGCCCACAGUCCAGUGCACAUCCUGUACAGCCAUUAUAAACCCUCCAUCAUGUUUCUACUCAAAGCACUUCCUGCAGGUGCGCUCUGACUCCACUCUCUCUCUCUCUCCUCGUGUUUAGCAUCUAAAAUGUUUACAUGUUUGAUCUGACCUCUUGUUGUUGUUGUUUUAUUGUUCUGUCCUCAUUCUGUUAUCCAUGUGCAAACAUAUGCAUUCAUGGCAUAUUAGAGAAAUAAAUUAUGGACUAUUGAAAUGA